UAACUUUCUCAUUUUACUCACUGAUCAGACAAGUUUGUUCACUAUACCUAUAGGUGGCAGUAAAGAGCCUCGUUGUGUCGUCAAGAAGAAGACUACAGAGCGGAACUUUUUUCGCGGAACCUUCCUCACGGAGAGGGACCGUAUAAUAUGUUACACUGCUGAGUGUUUAAUUAACUGUUGGCUGUGGAGCACCUCAUCAUUAGGUGUGAUGCUGCUGCUGCUGCCACUCAUGCUGAGGCCAUCUCUCUGCUGCCCUUUGACCUCACCGCUCCUAAGUAGAUUUAUCAGGACACUGCCCAGCAGCUCUAUUCGGGGACUGCGCUUCCAGGCUGAGCUCUUUCUACAGCGGCGGCCUCCAUCUCACCUCCAAACACGGAGCAGAAGCAGGAAGUCAGGAGGUCUGGAUGAGGAGUGGAGGAGGAGGAACAAGACCGUGCUGAUGUAUAUUGCUGCUGCUGGGGUGGGAAUGAUCGGCCUGUCGUACGCUGCAGUGCCGCUCUAUCGUCUCUACUGCCAGGCAACAGGGCUGGGUGGGACUGCUGUAGCUGAACAUAACACAGAUCUGGUGGAAACCAUGAAGCCAGUAAAGGAACGCAUCAUCAAGGUGGCGUUUAAUGCUGACACACACGCCAGCAUCCAGUGGAACUUCAAACCACAGCAGACAGAGAUACUUGUGGUACCAGGUGAGACGGCGCUGGCCUUCUACAAAGCAAAGAACUCCACUGAUAAACCCAUCAUUGGCAUUUCCACAUACAACGUGGUGCCCUUCGAGGCUGGACAGUACUUUAACAAGAUCCAGUGUUUCUGCUUUGAGGAGCAGCGUCUGAACCCUCACGAGGAGGUCGACAUGCCGGUCUUCUUCUACAUUGACCCGGAGUUUGACGAAGACCCCAGAAUGGCGCGAGUUGACACCAUCACGCUUUCCUACACCUUCUUUGAGGCCAAAGACGGUCAGAAACUUCCUCUUCCUGGAUACAGUUACAACUGACCCAGUCUCACCUCAGAGUUAGGAGGAGGAAUGGGAGGAAACCGUGUCACGAUGCUGUCGUUUUCCUCUACAAGUGGAAACUUUCUGAAACUUAAACGGGAGGAACACUGACAUGAGAACAGGGUUCCAGCUCCAUGUGCUGUCAGGAGUUUGAUUUCAGAAACAAAAGUGAAAAUGUUCUUACUUGAAUUUAGGAGCUUGGUGAGUAAAAAUGAUCUAAACUGAACUAAAAAAGGAGGGUUGAUUUUUAUGUUUUACCAAACAUAAUUUUCUUUUUAUGCAGUAUAAAAACUGUUCUAAUGAUGACUGAUUGGAAACAUGAGACGACAUCUGAAUUUCAAGCUGAUAUGUUUGUAGUGAAGACUUGAAGCUGCGGGUUGUUGGAGGCUUCUGGAGUUUCUGAUGAAUAUUCAAACGCAGUUGAAUGAACUCUAAAAAGGUCUUUUCCUGCAGAUCCUCAUUGAAAAUGCAUCGGCUUAUUUGUUUUCUUGUUUCUGAUGAACGUGUAGGUUUAAACAACAUCGACGUGUUUGUGUAAUGUUGCACUGAAAUUGCAAAUAAAUUGUUAUUUAAAGAUUAUGACAAAUAAAUUUUAAUAAUGUACAAGGGUC